UAUAGAAAUUUCCAAAUGCCAUAUCACAUGAGAAUCAUUAAUUUUAAAUUUCUAUUACUAAACAACAUAAACUACGAAUUCUUUUUUUCGAAAUUGUGUUAAAAUUAUUGUUUAAAUUUUAAGGUUAUAAUGUGCAAUAUUGACAUGACAACAAUAACAACAGUUAUUAUUUGUCAUGUAUGCACUUGUGUAAGAGAAUGUCGUACAGAAUUAUUUACAUAUAUAUGAAUAUACACGUGCAAAGUGAAGAUUCCUGAGUGAAACGUGGUCCAAAAAGCAAAAAUCAUUCGUUAAUAAAAAUAGAUCUUAAUUUUACUGAAAUAAUUGAGUCGCAUUAGCAUUUUAGACUGCGGUACACGUCGUUCUUAUGUCACAGAUACUAAUUUCACAAUGCCGGGAAAAAUAAAAGUGAGAAUAUUGUCAGGAAGAAAUCUUCCUGUUAUGGAUCGUUCGAGUGACACAACUGAUGCUUAUGUGGAAAUAAAAUUUGGAAAUACAACAUACAAAACGGAUGUUUGUCGAAAAUCAUUGAAUCCACAAUGGAAUUCAGAAUGGUAUAGAUUUGAAGUUGAUGAUUCAGAAUUACAAGAUGAACCGUUACAAAUUAAAUUAAUGGAUCAUGACACUUAUUCAGCGAAUGAUGCGAUUGGUAAAGUUUAUGUUAAUUUGAAUCCUUUACUUUUACCUGGAGUUCCGCCGCCUGUAAAAAAUAUUUGGACUCUAGAAGCAACAAUGAAUUCCAGUAUUGGAGCUCAAGGAGGAUCUGUAAUGACUGGUUGGGUUCCGGUAUUUGAUACAAUGCAUGGAAUUCGUGGAGAAGUGAAUAUUAUCGUUAAAGUUGAAUUAUUUCUCGAUUUUAAUAAAUUUAGACAAUCUUCAUGUGGUGUGCAAUUUUUUUACUCGCCUAAUAUACCGUUCGGUUAUCACGCUCAAGUGGUACAUGGAUUCGUUGAGGAAUUAAUAGUUAGUGACGACCCGGAAUAUAAAUGGAUUGACAAAAUACGAACACCAAGAGCAUCAAAUGAAGCAAGACAAACUUUAUUUUUUAAACUCAGUGGAGAAGUUCAGAGAAAAAUAGGACUAAAAGCUUUGGAUCUUGGAGGAAAUGCUGUCAUAGGAUAUCUACAAAAUUUUGAUUUGGAAGGAGAAUCGGGAAUUGUUGCUCGAGGCAUUGGAACGGCCGUUACCUUAGUGAAGGUGCAAGAAGUACCAAACGUUUUAUCCGAAGGACCGACAGUUGAAGAGCAGCAGGAUGAAAAUUCCACGAGUCCAGUGCACGCGAAUAUCAACAAUUCAUUAAUGGGAAAAUCAUCACAAUUGAAUAAUACAAAAACCAAUCCUGCUAUUCCACUUCACAGGAGAUCGUCUGAUUCUGAUCUUAGUAUUACUCCAAAAGGCAAUUCAUUAGCAAGCAGUGAUAGAUCUAUGGGAGGAUAUUUAAAACCAACAACAGCAAUUCGAACAAUGAAUCAAGAUGCUUCCGAUAUGUUGGAAUAUCCAUUUCUAACAAUGCAACAAUAUCCACCUGGAUUUAUUUUACACAUUGGUGGAUUAGUGAGUGCAAGAUCAGUUAAAUUACUCGAGAGAAUAUCAAAUUUAGAAGAACCAGAAGGUCGCGAUGCUUGGUGGACCGAAAUAAGAAUGGAAGUUCGCUCACAUGCAAGAGCAUUAGCUUGUAAUGUUGUUAUUGGUUACAGAGAAGAAACUAGCAUUAGUGACGAUGUAUGUGUAUUAAAUGCAUCAGGAACAGCUGCUGUGAUAAAUCUUCAUAAUAUAAAUCAAGAUUUAGAUAGUUCUUUCGUUAAUCGACAACAACAAGGAAUGGCAGCGUCAAUUGAUUCAGAUCGUGAAAAAACACAACAAAAGGGAAACAACAAUAAAAACGAUAAAAAUGACAAUGAAACAACAAUGACAAAUCAAACAAAUCAAACGGGAAAAAUAAAGAGAACAUCUGAAAGUAAUGAUCACGAAAUUCCAUAUAGUCUUCCACUUAGCAAUUGUAGUCUUUGUCAUUUGCCAUAUAGCGAAUCGAGUGUGCCAUUUAAAGUAAAUAUAACAAAAUGUGCCGUUUGUCGACGAGCCAAAGUUCCCGAUGUUCUAUUUACAACAAUUGAAUUACCAGAUAAUGUUCCUGUCACGGGUCGUGGAUGUUUUGUCCAGGCAAUUGUUUGUAAAUGUAAAAAAGACUUACGCGGCGAAUUAAAUGCAAAAGAAAUUUCCGAUUGUCUCCCAUUUCUUGAAUAUGAAUUACACAGUUUAUUGUUAAAUAAAUUAAAAGUCAAAGGAAUGAAUUCAAUAUUUGGACUAAAAGUACAAGUCUCAGUUGGUGAACGUUUAAUUAUUGGUAUGGCUAUUGGCACCGGUGUUUAUUUGACAUCACUUCCUACGCCAUCGUUGCCACAAAUUGCAUCUGGUAAUUCAUGGAACAAUGAGGAGCAACUCAAUGAAAUUCAAAAAAAUCUCAUGGAAACUGUGAAAAAGAAUAGAGAAUUUUAUAAAUUGAAAAGUACAGAUACUGAUAAUGGAAGAUCAAGAUCAGACACUGACGAAUCGGAUGAUGAUCUUCCUGAUAUGGACUUGAGUUUAGGAACAAAAGACGCUUGUGUUUUGGAAGUAGAUGACGUUGAGGAUAUGGAUAGAAUAUGUUUAUUGAUGGACGACACUCCACCAGAUGAUUUUCAUGUUGUUAAUACACAAUCAAUUCCCGGUUUAGAAGAUCUUGAAAUUGUCCGAAAUUUACAAAUGUUCACUCAAGUGUCGAGGGCAAAAAUACCGUCUGGUCAAUUUGGUUCCAUGCCUUCGAAAUAUUUCGCCCGAUUACUUCAGACUGUAUAUUUCAAAUUACGACGAAUGGUUCCUUGUGCCCUUUGCGAUAUGAAAUUUAGAGUUGCUCUACCUGAACAAGAUGAAAUACAAUUGUCAGUUGUUGGCAUGGCCCUUGGCCUUGGAGAAUCUUCGAAACAUUCGAAGCAUAAAAGAAAACUUAUGACCUAUUCAUCAAGUAAAGAUCAAUUGAAAAAAUCUGAUGAUUGUGAUAUGAUUUUCACGCUUGAUGAAGAUGUGGCAGAAAUUGUACCAACAGCCACUAAUGAAGUUGCAAUAAAUCCACAAAAUUCACUUGUUUCAUCUCAAAAAACAAGACCACGUUCACCAUUGCGAAUAAAAUCACACACAAUGCACAGACACAAACAUGUACCUUUAAAAGAACGAUACGGAGUGGAUAUAACGCCACUUUCUUAUUUACCCGGAGGGAGAAUCGAGAGAUAUCUGGGAAAUUUAAAUUUCUUUUUUAUUAGAGAAAGCACGUCUAUUCGAGAAAAUGGCGGAAUUAGUGGAUUUACACACAGUUUUGUUAAUGAAGUUUUGGCUAUUGUUCGUGCCCACGUAACGAGUUUAGGUGGAAAUGCGAUGGUUGCUUUUUUCAUGACUCAAUGCGUACUACUUCACAGUCCACACAAAAAUCAUGGACAGUGUCUAAUUAACGUUGGCGGUGACGUUGUUUCCGUCUCAUAUUUCGGAGAUGAGAGACAAAUUGGAAAUACGAUUUGCUGACCUCAACCACCUCAUUCAGCACCACCAUAGCCAAUAAAUUCAUUGAAUCGUGGGAUUUUUGAUUUUCCAAAACAAAAUUUGCAAUUAUAAUUUAAAAAAUAUUUGAUUUUAGUUUUUGUUAAUUAAAAAUUUUGUCCAAUUCUUUAAAAACUUUGAUUAGUGAUGCACAUCAAGAAUCUUUUCAAGAAAAAAAAAAAAAAAAGAAAGAUGAAAAGAUUGUUUCCCUUUGUAUUUUUCAAGAGAUUCUCAUUUUUUUAUUAUUUUUUUUUUUUUUUUUUUUGAAUAAAUCUCUCUUAACAUGCAUCACUAACUAUAUUAUUCGCUCAAAGUGUUGUUGUUAUUAUAGAAACUGCGUAGGAGCCUAUCAUGACCUUUUAUUAAUUUGGAAAUUUCUCUGAUUUUAAUUUGACUUUUCAAAAGUUUUAAUAGUAAACAUAAUACAUUAUUAAUUAAUUAAUUACUAAUAGAUAAUUUAUUAAUUAAUUUUUAAUAAUUAGAAAUUAAUUCUAUUCAGCAGGAAUUGGAAAAUUCUAAUAAUUUAAUUUUAAUAUAUCUUUUAGUUUUUUUUUUUUUUUUUUUUUUUUAAAUGAUUUUUCUGCCAUAAAAGAUAUUUAAUGUCUUGUUUUUAUUGAUAUCAAUGAAAUUUUUCAAAGUGCCAAUUUGGAUAAUAUAACAAAAAAGGCUGAACUUGUGAGAAAAUUUUGUGAUUCGAAAAUUAUUUCUGCCAUGACAAAAAUAUUCUAUAUACGAUGAAGACAUGCAAAAAAGAAAUGUGAUGUUCAGCGUGAAAAAAAAUCAUUUUUGACUUUUAGCUAUUUUCAAAAUCGAUAUUUUUAUUUUCAUUAUAUAUAAUAUAUAAUGACUAAUAUAUAUAAAUAAGAAAAUAGAAAUUAAAAUACAGUGCUAGUCCAAUAUGCAGGGUUCGUUAUUAUAAAUAUUUAUCAACGUGACGUUUACUUAAUCUUCGAGUUAUUCUCUAUAUAUUAUAUACAAAAUAUAAAAAUGUGUGCUACUUUCAAUGCCAUCGAUAUUUACAGACUAUAUUUUUUUCUUUUUAAUAAAUUUACAAUUUUUAUUUCUUUUUUUCUUUAAUUUUUAUAUAUUUUCAUUUUACAUGAAAAUUAUUUUAAAAAUAGUGUUGUUUUUUUUUGCUCACAAAUAGACUGAGAAAAAUUUUUUUUUCAAAUCAGUUUUUUUUUUUUACUUCAAUUGCUUUUUUAUUAUACCCAAGUUUUUCAUUAGUUAUAUUUGCAAAAAAAAAAAUAUUUGCUCAUGUUAUUCUAUUUUUAGAGAGAAAAAAAUCCAACAGCCUUAUAGCAAACAAUGUUUAAAAUAAAAAAAAAUAUAUAUAUAUUGCUUGAUAAAAAAUCAAAAAACAUUUUAAAGCAAAAUUUGUAAUAUACCAUCGAAAUAAUAUGCUCACUAUAUAGACUUGACAAGUUCUUUGAAUUUAUAAAGAACUAUUUUUCCUCUCAAAAUACCCGCUGUAUUCGCUACACUAUCUAAUUACAAUAAAGUCCAAAGGUAUAUGCUUGAUUAUUAUUAAAAAAAAAAAAAAAAAAAAAAAAA